AUGACAACGGCCACGACCACUCCACCGUGUUCGUCGUCGUCAUCCUCCUCCUCUGCGUCCUCUGUCGCCUCGUCGCCCUCGGCAACCUUCACCAACCCCGUCAUCUACGCUGACUUCGCCGACAACGAUGUCUUCCUCGGCCCCGACAACGUGUUCUACUACCUCGCCUCUAACAUGCACUACAGCCCCGGCGGACCCAUCCUCAAGUCGUACGACCUCGUCAACUGGGAGCUCAUCGGACAUGCCAUCCCUUCGAUCGGCGACUUCGGCCCCGCCUACAGCAUGACCAACAACACGACGGCGUACCGCGAGGGCACAUGGGCAUCGACGCUGCGGUACCGGAAGAGCAACGACCAAUGGUACUGGAUAGGCUGCGUUGACUUCUGGAUCACGUACAUUUACACAGCGCCCAGUCCGACAGGCCCUUGGGUUAAGAGCGCCAGCAUGCCGGGCACGUGCUACUACGACUGCGGCCUGCUGAUUGACGACGACGACACCAUGUACGUUGUGUACGGCAACACCAACGUCAGCGUUGCGCAGCUGAGCACCGACGGGCUGAGCCAGGUGAAGACGGCGCCCGUGUUCAACGCGGCCGACACCAAUCGCAGCGUAAUCGAGGGCAACCGCAUGUACAAAAUCAACGGCACCUACUACGUGCUCGACGACGACACGCAGGGCACGACCAUCAUCUGGAAGUCGUCGAGCCCCUUUGGCCCCUACACCCCCAAGAUCCUGGUCAACAACAUCAACUCGCCCGUGCCCAACGGCGCCCCGAUCGACCAGGGCUCGCUCGUGCAGACCCAAGACGGCAACUGGUACUUCAUGUCCUUCGUCUGGGCCUACCCAGCGGGCCGCAUGCCCAUCUUGGCGCCCAUUGUGUGGGGAGCCGACGGCUUCCCGUCCCUCGUGACCGACAGCGCCGGCGGCUGGGGCGCCUCGUACCCCUACCCUCUCACGCCGCACCCGCUCGCCAGCUGGACCGGCAGGGACACCUUCCAGGGCACCACGCUCAGCCCCAACUGGGAAUGGAACCACGCGCCGGACACGACCAAGUACACGGUCAACAACGGCCUGCGCCUCUCGACGGCAACCGUCACGACGGACCUCUUCCACGCGCGCAACACGCUCACCCUGCGGCCCUUCGGCCCCUCCCCCGUCGGCACCGUCGCCCUGGACAUCAGCUCCAUGGCGGACGGCGACAUCGCCGGCCUGGCCGCCCUGCGCGACGGCACGUCCUGGAUCGGCGUGCAGCGCAGCGGGCCGGGAGCAAGCUACACGCUGCAGAUGCGGCUCAACGCGACGCAGGACGCCAGCGCCAACUGGGCGACCGCCAGCACGGGCACGGUGGCGGCCACGGCCGCCGUGCCGGAGGGGACGAGCAAGUUGUGGUUGCGGGUGGCGAUGGAUGCGCGCGCGACGGGGAGCAAGCAGGCUGUGUUUUACUAUAGCUUUGACGGGGUGGUAUUUACGCAGCUCGGUCCGAGCUAUACGAUGACGAGCGGGUGGGAGUUCUUUCUGGGGUAUCGCUACGGCGUGCUUAACUUCGCGACGAAAGCGCUCGGGGGGUCGGUCGUGGUUGAAGAGUUUGUGAGUGCGUAG